AUGACCAAACAUCACGAAUCCAUCUCGCUUCCUCGGUCAACUGUUUCACAAAGUUUGAUUUAUACAGUUCUACCAAAGACAUAUUGUGAAAACCGUACUUCUUCUGAACGAGAUUGGGCUGAUGAUCUUGUACAAACUAUAUGGCGACCAGUCACUGUUGGAUUGUUCAUAGGUAUUCCUGUAGCUUAUAUGAUUUAUUCAAAAGUCAUUGGCAAACGAUAUCCUACUGUUGGUCAUAUACCUCCCGAAGUGUUUUCGAAACGGACAGUGAUACGUGGCAAAGUGACAUCUGUAGGUGAUAGUGACAACUUUAGAAUAUACCAUACUCCUGGAAUAGGUUGGGGUUGGCUUCGUACGGUACCAACCACUCGCAAAGAAUUGAAAGAUCAAACUAUUCCUAUUCGUAUUGCUGGUGUAGAUGCUCCAGAGGGUGCUCAUUUUGGUAUGCCAGCUCAACCAUAUUAUACUGAAUCAAAAGCUUUUUUGACAUCCAUGAUUUUGGGUCGAUUUGUUAAGGUGGAACUUCUCUCUCGGGAUCAAUAUAAUCGUGCAGUUGCUAUGGCUUAUUAUCGUAAACCGCCUUUCUUUCGAAGAAAAAAUGUAUCUGAAGAAAUGUUGAAAAAUGGAUAUGCAAGCAUGUAUGUAGCUAAAGGUGCUCAAUAUAGUGAUCAACUUCAGAAAUUAGAAAAAGCAGAAUCAAGAGCAAAGUAA